UGUGAAAUAGCACGAUUGUCAACCAAAGUUUGAGUUGCCGUUUGUUACUGAUUGCCAAGAAAGAAGUGUUGAUUAAGGCGAAGGAAGUCUUUUAGUCUUUCUUCGCUUGCCGUAGUCAACACGGAAAAACAGUCGAGAUUGUUGGCAGUUAGCCUGCUAGCCGCCGAGAUUACUUAGCGGAAUCGUAAUAAAAUGCUUUUUGAAAAAUAAUAUUCCGUGUGAGGGUUAGGGGGCGUAUUGUGGAGAUGUAACUAAAUAAUGGGAAACGUUUUUGGGAGAAAGACUCAACCUUCUCGUGUAACGGAACGAGACAAAGCUAUACUGCAAUUAAAGCAACAAAGAGACAAACUGAAGCAGUAUCAGAAGAAAAUCGCCUUCCAUAUGGAUAAAGAGCGACUCUUGGCCAAGCAGUUACUGAACGAUGGCAAGAAAGAGAAAGCACUGGUGCUUCUUAAGAAAACACGCUACCAGGAUCAGUUAUUAAAUAAGGCUGAAAGCCAGAUUUCCAACCUGGAACACAUGGUUCAAGAUAUUGAGUUCAUGCAAAUUGAGAUGAAAGUCAUUGAGGGGCUGAAGGUUGGAAAUGACUGCCUAAAGAGCAUGCAGCAGAUGAUGUCAAUUGAAGAAGUGGAAAGAAUCCUGGAUGAGACUCAAGAAUCAAUUGAAUAUCAGAGGCAAAUAGAUGAACUGUUGGCGGGUUCAUUGACUCAGGAGGAUGAAGAUGCGGUUUUAGCAGAGUUGGAAGCUAUCACUCACGAAGAUGUUGCACUUCCAGACAUCCCCAAUGAACCAAUCCCACAUGUUUCUAAAUCUGCUGAGCUGGAACCAGGCACAGAGAAAAAAGAAGCAAAGAGUAAGCCCAACAGAGAGAUGCUGGCCGCCUGACAGCUUCUUUGUUUGCUAAACAUUUUUCACCUAAUGUGAAAUGGAGCAGUACAACUUUGUUUCCUAAUUUUGAUAUACAAAAUCGACAGACGUUGGAGGAUUUUCGUCAGUUUUACAGUUCUUCAAGUCAUUUCCAAAAGUGUUUGUUUUCUCUGAUUACAAGACAGUAUUAAGCAGGACAAGAAGCUGACUUUUAGAUGUUUCUAAUAUUUAAUUUAUUGUACAUAUUACAUUAAUUGUAAUAAAUGACGCUGUCAAAAAUGA